GUUUGGACUAUCGCGCUACCCGUACUACCGUGACAGCUGAACCCGGGUCAGUUCGUCUUUUAGUAACUUGUCUCACAGCAGAGUUAAUUUUUCCCCAGAAACACUCCACAAUGGCCUUUCAGUGUCAACGCGACUGCUACAUGAAAGAGUUUGUCACCUCUGUAGUAUCCUGCUGCCCAGCGGAGUUGAAGCAAGAAGUCAACGGAAAGAAAGAAACUCUCAAGGGGUUCAACGUCAAGCUCCAAGACACCAUCUUGUUUCCCGAGGGAGGCGGCCAGCCAGAUGACCAAGGGCUGAUCGCAGAUGUCCCAGCUUUGAGGGUGACGAGGCAGGGGCCCGAGGCCGUGCACUUUGUGAGUUCACCUCUGGAGGUCGGUCAGGAGGUGCAAGUGAAGGUGGACUGGGAGAGGAGGUUUGACCACAUGCAGCAGCACUCGGGUCAACAUUUGAUCACGGCAUUGGCGGAUACAAUGUUUGGAUACAAGACCACAUCCUGGGAACUGGGACGUCAGCGAAGCACCAUUGAGCUGGACACUCCCUCUGUGAAGCCUGCGCAGCUCCAGGCCCUGGAGGUAGCCACGAAUGAGAAGAUCCGAGCUCAUGUUCCUGUCACUGUUCAGCUUCUCUCUAUAGACGACCCUGCUGUGGAAAAGGUGCGGAGUCGUGGGCUGCCAGAGGACCAUGCAGGGCCGAUUCGCAUCAUUGAUAUUGAGGGCGUCGAUGCCAACAUGUGCUGCGGGACUCAUGUGUCUAACCUAAGCCACUUACAAGCAAUCAAGCUACUGGGAACUGAGAAAGGAAAGAAAAACAAAACCAACCUGAUCUUCCUGUCAGGAAACCGGGUCCUGAAUUAUGCAGAGAAAAGCUACAGCACAGAGCGCUCGCUGGUGUCUCUUCUGAAGACUGGACCUGAUGAGCAUGUUGAAGCAGUUGACAAGUUGCAGAAAUCUGUUAAGCUUCUACAGAAAACUAACCUCACCCUGCUUCGAGACAUGGCUGUGCUCAUCGCUCAGACUUUUAAGAACGACCCUCAGAGAGGAAACUUUUUCAGCUUUCACAAAAAAGAGGGGGACAAUGAGUUCAUGAGUAUUAUUGCCAAUGAAAUAAACACUGAGGAAACCUUGGUCUUCCUCACAGUUGGAGAAGAAAAGGGACCUGGUCUGUUUCUUCUCGCUGGACCCAGUGGACCAGUGACGGAGAUGGGACCACUGAUGUUGGAGAUGCUCCAAGGGAAGGGGGCGGGGAAGAACGGACGUUUCCAGGGCAAAGCAAACAGCCUGGCACGGAGAGGAGAGGUUGAGGCUUUCCUGCAGCAGCAGCACUGCAAACACCACACCUCAGAGGAAGAAUGAAACCAGCAAUACCUCAAUACAAAUACAUAUUUUAGAUUUGCUCAAGGGAAACACUAAAAGGAUGUAGAAACUGAUAAUUCACGUGAAAAUGUAUAAAACUGGGACUUCAAUACCACACAUGCUGUACAUAGCCAAAUUUUGAAUGUCAUGUGCUUUUAAUAUUAAUUUAAAUCAUCAUCCUUUUAACUUCA